AUGAUAAACUGUCCUCUUCGUCCGGUUGACGUCUUUGGGCAGCCAAAGACGGCGUUGGGUGAGAACCUGGAGCCGCAGCGAACCUGGCUGGAGUGGGUAUUUAUGCCACGGCACAAACCACUGUUUUACGACUUCAUGGCGAACGCCAAGGCGGGCUUGACGGUGGCUCUUGUGAAUGUACCGCUAAGUAUUGCCCUUGCCAUCGGAAGUGGCGCAACUCCAGGGCAGGGCAUUGUGAGUUGUGUCUGGGCGGGUGUCAUUGCCGCUAUUUUUGGUUCUUCGCACUUCAACGUUAUUGGCCCUACUGGGGCUCUCAGCGGGUUGCUUGCUUCGAUGGUUGUGCUGUACGGCGAGGGCGUGUUAGCCCCACUCGCUCUACAGGCAGGACUUUGGAUGAUGCUUUUUUUUUGCUUCGCGCGGAUCGUCUCCUGCGGUAUGUGA